CCAAACAGAAUUGUAAACAAAUUCUAAUACAUAUAAUUCAAAAAUAACAGAACACAACCUACUGAGAACAAUUGUUCAAAACAAUUAACAUAAGUACAAUGAGAUAAUGACUGAACUAUGAGAUAAACGCAGGAGACAUUUGUGAUAUAAGCAACAAACAUUAUUGAGGGCAGCUCAAUCUGUGGUGAACACAAAUAAAAGUGAAAGUAGAUUAAAUUUGUUGUUUAUAUAAACUUUUUAAUUAUGCGUAAGAUAUUACUGAUUAGUGGAAAGCGAAAAUGCGGAAAGGAUUAUAUAUCAGAAAGGUUGCAAAGUCGGUUGGCGGAUCGUGCAAUGAUUGUGCGAAUUUCGGAGCCCAUUAAACGGGAGUGGGCACGUAAACUCGAGCUGGAUAUUACCGCUAUGCUCAGCGAUGGGCCAUACAAAGAACAGUAUAGACGUGACAUGAUAAUAUGGAGUGAUGAGGUGCGCAGUCAGGAUUAUGGCUUCUUUUGUCGUGCGGCCAUGAAGGAAGCCUCUCUACAGUCCGUGGACUACGUGAUCGUAAGCGAUAUACGCCGUAAAAAUGACAUACGCUGGUUUUACGAGACCUACGGCCAUGAAAUGAUUGAAACCCUACGCUUGACCUCAAAUUUAGAGACGCGUAGAGCGAGAGGUUGGCAAUUUACAGCCGGUGUGGAUGAUGUGACCUCAGAAUGUGAUUUAGAUGACCAUGUCACCUUUGAUCAUGUGCUGGAGAACAAUGCAGAAGACGGAGACGGAGAUCAACUCAUAGAUCAACUUCUUACCACAUUAAAGUUUAACUAAAAGCAAGAAAGAAAAGGCGACAAAUAUUUUUAAAAAAAAUCUGAUCUUAUUUAUACACUCAGUACCUUUUUUCAUAAUAUUGUAAAUUUCAAUAUUAUUGUCAAGAUUCUAAGCGCCGGUUUUUCAAUGUCUAAUUAAGGGAUUUUAUAACCAUACAACAGAUAUUUUGACGUAAAAUGUAUAGAAAUCAAUGUCAAAUUUUAUAUAUUUUAUAAAUUUUAAGGAGACAUUGAAAAACCGGCCCCAAAUCUUGAUUUAUUCCAUUGAUCAGCUGCGUUACUAAGUUAACCUGACUCUCCACUCUCUCUACUUCAAUCUGCCUCGGUAAUUUAAAAAAACCAACACUCUUUGAAGUAAUUUCUAAAAAUUCAGAAUUUUGUCAAUUCUGGUGCUUGAACAAAAACUCGCGUUUUGAGUAUUCCGCAAAUAGUGCGUAUAUUUUUGUAGAGCAAUGUUUUUAAAAUAUAUGUAUAUUUGUAUACUUUGAUAAAAAUAAAUGAUUGGUGGGCUGUGUGGAUAUA